UCAUAAAAGUAGGUCAGCUACUGAUUAUUUUUUUUAAUCCUCAAAAUGGCAAAAGAAAUGUGGUUUCAAGUAGUGAUGGUUCAAGUUGCUAUUAGCCUGUUGCCACAAAAAUGUUUAUAGAAGUAUUUCUGCAGUCAGUUUUGUAAGGUCUUUCUGUGGUAUCGUUCUCACCAUCACUUCAUAUCCUACUCUGAGAUGAUUCAGUUCUUCCACAGGGAUGUGGCCUUCGGGGCAAAAUAAAUUGCAUACUUAUGAGUCAUAAGAACCUUUGCAGAACUGGCCAGACAGAGUAUAAAUUCAGCCUACCCUUCGUGUGAACUGCAGAAACCUUGGAGACACCCAGAGCAGCAGUCUUCCUCCCUGCACAAAACAAGGUUCAGAAUAAUGGAAGCUUUAAAUAAAGCAAACACAAACUUUGCGCUUGACUUUUUCAAAUAUCAGUGUCAAGAAGAUGGCAACAAGAAUAUUUUAUUUGCCCCUUUGAGUAUUUCAUCUGUCCUGGCGACCGUGUAUUUGGGAGCAAAAGGUAACACUGCAGAUCAGAUGGCAAAGGUACUUCACUUUAAUGAAGUUGAAGGAGCCAGAAAUGUCACCACAACCAUAAGAAUGCAAGUCUUUUCCAGAACAGAAGAGCAUCUGUCAAAUCGACGUGCCUGUUUCCAGAAGACAGAAAUUGGCAAAUCAGGCAAUAUCCACACUGGGUUUAAAGCACUCAACUUGGAAAUCAACAAACCCACUAAAAAUUACCUGCUUAGAAGUGUCAACCAGUUAUAUGGAGAAAAAUCACUGCCUUUCAGUAAGGAAUACUUACAGUUAGCCAAGAAAUACUACAAUGCAGAGCCACAGGCAGUUGACUUUGUGGGAGCAGCAAAUGAAAUCAGAAGAGAGAUCAAUUCCAGGGUCGAAGAGCAGACUGAAGGUAAAAUUCAAAGUCUGCUGCCUCCUGGAUCCAUAGAUUCACUCACCAGGCUAGUCCUGGUAAAUGCACUUUACUUCAAAGGAACUUGGGCAACAAAGUUUGAAGCUGAAGCUACCAGGCAAAGGCCUUUCAGAAUAAACACGCAUACAACUAAACCAGUACCAAUGAUGUUCCUUAGUGAUAAAUUUAAUUGGACCUACAUAGAAUCAGUCCAGACUGAUGUUGUUGAGCUUCCAUAUGUCAAUAACGACCUCAGCAUGUUUAUCCUCCUACCGCGUGACAUCACCGGCCUACAAAAGCUAAUAAGAGAAUUGACUUUUGAAAACUUGUCUGCAUGGACCAGCCCAGAAUUCAUGGAGAAAAUUAAAGUGGAGCUGUAUCUGCCCAGGUUCACAGUAGAAGAGAAAUAUAACCUCAAAUCUGCUUUGAGCAAGAUGGGGAUACAAGAUGCCUUCACUGAAGGUCAAGCUGAUUUCACAGGAAUGUCAGAGAAUGACGAUCUGGUUUUGUCACAAGUUUUUCACAAGUGUCAUAUGGAAGUCAAUGAAGAAGGUACAGAGGCAGCAGCUGCCAGUUCAGCAGCUCUGACAUCACGAAGCCUUGGUGCUGCUAUUAUUUUUGUAGCAGAUCACCCUUUCCUUUUCUUUAUCAGACACAACAGCACCAAGUGCAUCCUCUUCUUGGGAAGGUUCUGCUCCCCAUAAAAAAAUUGACUGUUACUAAACACGCCCUUGCAACAACAAUAAUUAACACAAUACACAUCAUGAAGAACUUCUCAAUAGUCUGUGCACUUUACCAUUUUCCUGUACUGUUGACAAUCUCUGUUAGAAGAGAGCACAUAUUAAAAAUAACUUGAAUUCAAGUCUCUGGCUCACUUUCCUGGACAAAGAACCCCAAAACUGUAGAACAGCACUCUAAGCACCAAACUGUGGCAGAACAACAUUGAUUCCAAACCAGAACUGUCACUGUGCACAACAGACUAGGUUGAUCUAAAAGAGUACUUCCCAACACACUUGCUUUGCACAUAAGAAGAAAAGAAAUGGGAAAAACUCCUUCCUGCAGAAAGCUGCUACAUCUCUGCUAAGCUGGCUGUUCCAGGAGGGCCACCUCAACCAGAGCCUGCUCAGUCUUAUAACAACUUCACAGCCUGGCACUGCUGGUAAUGAAAUAAACCUGCAAAUUCCUCUGUGUUCCUGAUACUGGUGAUUUGUUCUUGCAUGCAAAGGGGCUAACACAUGUACUUUCUAAUUUUUGCCCUACAUCAAUUGGCAAAUACUGAAACAACAACACAGAACUGGAGGAAAAUAAAACAUGUGCCUUGAAACCC